AUGAGCUCUUCUGAGGAAAACUUUGACAUAGAGGUGUCUGGCUCUGGUUCAGAGUCGGAGGACUACGCCCCCGCCCCAAAGAAAACGACUAAAGCCACGAAAGCGAAGCCGGCCGUGAAAGCCACGAAGGCCCCGGUGAAACCCAAGGCGACCAAGAAGAGGGUGCUCGCGGAUCGAGAUGACAACGCAGACUCAGAUGAUGAGAUGCGUGACGACUUCGACGAUGAAGGCGCGGGUCCAAGUGCCCCGGUCGCGGGCGCGGCUGCUAAGAAGAAGACUGCUUCAGAAACCUACACAAAGCUGUCACAACUGGAGCACAUUCUAAAACGACCAGAUUCGUACAUUGGGAGCGUUGAGACGAUCACGCAGCCUAUGUGGGCUUGGGAUUCGGAGCGGAAGCUCAUGGUCUAUCGAGAGAUCAAGUAUGUUCCUGGAUUCUUCAAGAUCGUGGACGAAAUUCUAGUCAAUGCCGCGGAUAAUAAGAUCAAUGAUUUGAGCAUGGAUACCAUUAAGGUCACUAUCGAUGCUGAGAACAAUCUCAUCUCCGUCUAUAACAAUGGUCGUGGCAUACCCAUCGAGAUGCACUCGAAGGAGAAAAUCUACAUCCCGGAGCUCAUUUUCGGCCAUCUGCUGUCCUCUUCGAACUACGACGACGACGAGAAGAAGCUUACGGGUGGCCGUAAUGGUUAUGGUGCUAAACUGGCGAAUAUCUACUCCGUCGAGUUCACGAUCGAUACGGCAGACAAGAACUCGGGUCAGAAGUACGUGCAGACGUGGACGGACAACAUGAGCAAGAUGGGUAAAGCUAAGAUCACGAAGAACGGACGCGGAGAGGAGUACACGCGUGUCACCUUCCGACCAGACCUGAAGCGUUUUGGCAUGGACCGCAUCGACGAGGAUACUGUUGCAUUGCUGAAAAAACGCGUGCACGAUCUGGCGGGAACCGUAAGGGACGUCAAAGUCUAUCUGAACGACGAACGCCUGAAGACGAAGAAUUUCAAGCAGUAUGUUGAGCUCUACCUCAACUCAGCAGCGGAGCUUGCCGCAGACGCAUCUGGUGGGGCAGCUCAAGUGAAGCCGACCAUGAUCUACGAGCAAAUUGGUCCACGCUGGGAGGUCGCCUUUGCGGUCUCAGACGGUACUUUCCAGCAGGUCUCUUUCGCUAAUUCGAUAUCUACCGUGAAGGGAGGAACCCAUGUUCAACUUGUUGCGGACCAGAUUGCGAAGAAUCUCAUCGCUUCGAUCACGAAGAAGAACAAGGGUGCCACGGUUAAGCCAGCCCAGAUCAAGAACCACAUGUGGAUCUUCGUCAACGCGCUCAUCGAAAACCCAACCUUCGACAGUCAGACUAAGGAGACGCUGACCCUUCCUACGAGCAAGUUUGGGACGAAACCCGUGCUUUCGGACGAGUUCAUGAAAAAAGUGCAAAAAUCGUCCAUCGUAGAACAUGUGCUCAACUGGGCGAAGUUCAAAGCUGACCAACAGCUCAAGAAGACGGAUGGGAGCAGCAGGCGGAAUAGGCUGUCAGGUCUCCCCAAACUGUCGGAUGCGAACAACGCGGGUACGAAGAAGGCAAUCGAUUGUACGCUGAUUCUGACGGAAGGAGAUUCCGCAAAGUCUUUGGCCGUUGCUGGUUUGGGUGUAGUCGGGCGCGACAAUUACGGCGUAUUUCCUUUGCGCGGCAAACUGUUGAACGUACGAGAUGCAAAGCAUGACCAGAUCAUGAAGAACGAAGAGAUACAGAACAUCAAGAAAAUUCUGGGUUUGCAGCACAACAAGGAAUACAGGGAUCUCAAUGGCCUGCGUUACGGUCGGCUAAUGAUAAUGACCGAUCAGGACCAUGAUGGGUCGCACAUCAAGGGACUAUUGAUCAAUUACCUCGACCACUUUUAUCCUUCGCUGCUGAAGAUCCCGAGGUUCCUCGUGGAGUUCAUCACGCCCAUCGUCAGAGUCAGUAAGGGUGGCCAGAAGAUCGAUUUCUACACUAUGCCGGAGUACGAGCAAUGGCUUGAGGAGACUCCAGGGUCUGAGAAAUGGAAGGCGAAGUACUUCAAGGGUCUCGGUACGAGUACUGACGAAGACUCUCGAUCCUACUUUAAGAACAUGCGCAAGCAUAUGAUCCCGUUCAGUACUAUACGAGAGGGUGAUCAUGAUCUUAUUGAACUCGCUUUCAGCAAGAAGAAAUCGGACGAUCGUAAGGAGUGGCUUCGUCAAUACAAGCCUGGCACCUAUCUCGAUCACACUCAAGGAGAGAUCGGGUACGCGGACUUUAUCAACCGCGAACUGAUACUAUUCUCUAUGGCGGACAACAUACGUUCCAUCCCUUCCGCUGCAGAUGGCCUAAAGCCUGGUCAGAGAAAAGUCAUUUGGGCCUGUUUCAAACGCAAACUUAAAGGCGAAAUUAAGGUUGCCCAGCUUGUCGGUUAUGUCUCUGAGCAUGCACAAUACCACCAUGGUGAGCAGAGCUUGAUGGCGACAAUUGUCAACUUGGCGCAGGACUAUGUCGGCGGGAACAACAUGAACCUGUUGAUGCCGAACGGUCAAUUCGGUACUCGUGAUCAAGGCGGAAAAGACCACGCAGCGGCGAGGUACAUCUUCACGGAAUUGGCACCGAUUACGCGGUCUGUCUUCCCCAUUGCAGAUGAUAAUCUGAUGAAGUAUCAAAUGGAAGAUGGCAAAGUAAUCGAGCCUGAUUGGUACAUGCCUGUGUUGCCCAUGAUAUUGGUAAAUGGUGCCGAGGGUAUUGGCACAGGUUGGAGUACAUCCGUCCCAAGUUACAAUCCUGAAGAUAUUGUCGCGAACCUUCGUCGCCUCAUGGCAGGCGAAGAGCAGGUGCCCAUGCUGCCCUGGUGGCGUGGUUUCAAUGGAUCGAUCAAGAAGGUCGGGGAGCACAAGUAUGAUGUCUCGGGUGUCAUCAACAAGGUCGACGACACAACCAUUGAGAUCACUGAACUUCCCAUCCACAAAUGGACUCAGAACUACAAGGCAGAGCUGGAGUCGAUGUGUGGCGAGAAGGGCGAUGGUCCCAUCAAGGAUUACAAGGAAUACCACAACAAUAUGAAUGUUCACUUCGUUAUCUCCAUGGAUGCCAACCAUAUGGCGAAGGCCGAGGCACAGGGUUUGUUAGAGUACUUCAAGCUCAACACCAAGAUCAGCACGAGUAACAUGAUUUGCUUUGAUUUCGACGGGAAGAUCAAGAAGUACAAUUCCCCCGAAGAGAUCAUAGAGGACUUCUAUCCUAAGCGUCUCGCGUAUUAUCAGAUGCGAAAGGACUACAUGGCGAACGAGUUAUCUACCGAGUUGGACAGACUCACCAAUCAGGCCCGUUUCGUGCAGAUGAUUGUGGACAAGGAGCUCGUUGUCUCUAACCGCAAAAAGGCGGAUAUUGUGGCUGAGUUGCGUAAGAAAGACUUCCGUCCGUUCCCCAAGCCGUCGAAGGCCAAAGAAGCAGGAGAAACCGCAGAAGUCGUUGAGGUUGAAGACGAUGACGAAGAAGAGGAGGGAGUCGCUUCCGGUCGCACGGCCGGAGGUGCCUUGGGCGACUAUGACUACUUGCUCGGGAUGGCAAUCUGGAGUCUGACCAAGGAGAAGAUCGAGAAAUUAUGCCAACAAGCGAAGGACAAGGAGUUCGAACUUCUCGCAUUGCUGGAGCUUACCCCGAUCAUGAUCUGGCAGAAGGAUCUGGAUCGUUUCCUCGAAGAGUGGCGUUAUACUUGCUCUCUUUGGGAAGACAAGGCAAUUUCUGCGGAGGCUAGCAACAAGAAGGGCAAGCGUAAGCAGGCAACUCUGAGGGCAUUUACCAAGAAGGCCGGCAACGACGAUACGGACGAUGAGUUCAAACCGACGAAAGCUGCUGCCAGGGCGAAGAAGUCCACGGCGGCCCCUGCGAAGAAACCUGCGUCAACGGUGGCUUCAGGCUCCAAAAUUAAGAUGGAUGCUGAUAGUGGCGACGAGGAUGUCAAGCCUCCGCCCAAGAAGAAGCCCGCGACCAAGGCUAAGAAGGAGGAAUCUGAAUCCGACUUCGAGACGGGGAACACUAGGCCUGCGCGUGCGAGCAAGAAGAAAGCUAUCAAAGACGAGUCUGACUCCGACUUCGAGAUGGUGGGAACGAAACCUGCUGUGCAGGCCGACAAGGACUCUGAUUCUGAUAUCGAGCUGGUCGCUCCACCCUCGAGAGACAGCAGUAAAGGCAAGGCGAAGGCGGCGCCCAAACGGAAGAGCCCGGACGUGGACGGAGAGAACUCCGACGACGAUGCCCUCAAUGUACCCAAAAAGAAGCAGAAGUCGGAUACGCAGGCCGCAGUAACAGACUUUUUCGACAAGGCACCUGCUGGGGCAGCCGCCAAGAAAACGACCGCGCGAAAGACGUCAUCAAGCAGUCAAACCGCGAAGGCCAAAGCUGCGCCGAGGAAGAAGCAGGCCUCAAAGGUUAUCGAGAGUGAGGAUGAUGACCCUCCGCCGCCGCCGAAGGCUACCACCGCACGGAAGGCGUCAGCUAGUAAGCCACCACCUGCUAAAAAAGCACCGGCAAAGAAGGCUGUGGGCAGUGAUGUCGAAGACGUAUCCAUAGACGAAAUUGCCCCCUUGCCCCCUCGGAGCGAAGCUCCCAAACGCGCAGCGCGGGCGGCUGCGAAGAAGUACGUUGAGAUCGCGUCGUCGUCGGAAGAGGAGGGCGGCCAGGAGGCCUCCGAGUUCGAGGACUUUGACUAAUGUUCUCGCCAUGACCAACUGCUCUAAGUUUCGUUUUCCUGCUCUCGGUCUUUCCAUACAGACAGUUAUGCUUAUGCUCCUGCUCACGGCUUUCCCUGCAUUGUACUUUAUUAAUCAUUCACGAUCAUUGAACUU